AUGGUGCUACGAUCCGGUAACCGUAAACAGCUGAAAUUCCCAGGAAACGGAGUUUAUUCGACCCCGCCGCCGAAUACAACAGUGCCGUCGAUUAGCCAUCAGAAAAGCCAGCAGGAAGCAGCACAGCUUGAAAACAAAAUGGCGGCCAACAUUGAAGCUCUCAGCCGAUGCUGCGAAACUACGAGAGGGAAGAUCAACAGAAUACGGAAUGCGAUUGAAACUGCUGAUCAUGAUUAUCAACGCUUCAACAUACAUGCGCUUAGGUUGUACAUGAAGACGGUAGAUUCAGCUUAUGAAGAAUAUAAUGAUUUUCAAAACAAAAUAUAUCUUGCUGAUCCGUCUAGAAAAGAUGAAUUUGAACCAAAAUUCAUAGAAUUUGAGGAACUCUAUGAAUUCAGCAGGAUAUCACUGUGCCAGAUGAUCGACGCUCACGAAAAUACGGUGAAACAAAACCAGUUGUCCGUAGCCGGUGGGCCAGGAACUUCGGCACAAUCCAGUGGAAGUAGUGGAAACCAAUUUUUUAAGCUGUCACCAACGAUCGUGCUACAACAAGCCGCUUUACCUAGCUUCGAUGGUAGAUACGACCAUUGGUUCAAAUUCAAACAGAUGUUCCGUGAUAUCGCGGACAAAUGCACGGGAGAUUCUGCUGCAACCAAAUUGCAUUAUUUGGACAAGGCAUUAAUCGGUAAGGCACAAGGAGCCAUUGAUCCGCAAAUCAUAAGGGACAACGAUUACGAAGGUGCGUGGAAGAGCUUGACAGAGCAAUUUGAAAAUCUCCCUUCUUUAAUAAGCGACACUAUAAUGAAGCUGUUGAAUCUGAAAGCGAUGACGAACGAAUCGUAUCAGCAGCUAAAGAGUUUGGUCGACGAAGUUGAAAAAUGUAUUGGUUCGUUGGAAUUCCAUCAACUGAAAAUGGACAAACUAUCAGAAGCCAUAGUGAUCACACUAAUCUCUACGAAACUGGACCAGGAUACACGAAACAUAUGGGAGUCGAACGUGAAACGAGGUAAGCUUCCUAUUUACAAGGAUAUGAUUGCUGUCCUGCGGAAUCAACAACAUGUUUUGGAACGUUGUGAAUCUUACAAGUCGACUCAGAAGAGCAAAGGCCAACCUUUCCGCACUACUCAGAUAGUCGCAACGAAGGCGCACACGGUGACGAUCCAGAAAUCUGACGAAUGCCCGAUAUGCAGUGAUGCGCAUGGAGUGGAAAAAUGCAGCGCAUUUAAAACAUUGGCAGUGAAUGAACGAUACGAAAAAGCAAAACAACUAGGCCUGUGCUAUUCAUGCCUAAAAAAAGGACAUCGCACUUCGAACUGUAAAACAAAUGCAAAGUGCCCAAAGUGUUCCCGACGACAUCAUAUGAUGCUACAUCAGGAAGAGCAGACGUCUCUGGACAAUAAGAAACCGACCUUGCGGAAAGGUGAAGAAAUCGAUUCUACGAUGAAUGCAACUGCGAAACCCGAAGCUGAUGUGACGGUGGCCAAUUGUUCACUUUCAAACAACACCAUUACAUCACCUAAACAUGUGUUGUUGGCCACUGCAAUAGUUUAUGUGUUUGACAUGAACGGUGAACAGCAUAAAUGCCGUGUCUUGUUGGACUCUGGGGCCAUGACAAAUUUCGUGUCCCAACGGUUGGCAGACCUUCUCCAACUGAAAAAGAACUUUGUGAAUGUUCCUGUCACCGGCGUGAAUGGGAUGAAGACUCUGGUGAAAUUCAAAGUGCAGUGCAAAGUGAAGUCUAGAGUGUCUGACAGCGAAUUUUGUUUGGAUUAUUUGGUGGUUCCCAAAGUAACCAGUGCACUGCCUGUGACGAGAUUGAACGUGAAAAAUUGGCCAAUUCCAUCAAAAUUACAGUUGGCAGAUCCGACAUUUUUCGAGCCGUCGCGGAUAGACAUGUUGGUCGGAGCAGAAGCAUUCUUUGAUCUAUUAUUAUCCGAUAAGAUAAGAAUGUCCGUUCAUCUCCCGGUGUUGCAAGAAAGUCUUCUUGGGUGGCUUGUGUCAGGACCAGUGGAUGCAACCGUCACAGUGUGCACAGUGCGUUCUUUCCAAGUAGCUACCUUUCGAGAAAUGGACAUGGACUUGAAUCACAUUCUGAAGCGAUUUUGGGCAGUUGAUAACCAGUCGAGUGAACCGGAGCCGAAGGACAACGAAUGUGAGAUGCAUUUUUUGGAAACGUUCGAUCGUGCUCGUGAUGGAAGGUAUGUGGUUAGAUUGCCAUUUCGAGCUGGAGCUGUUGGAGAGCUUGGUGAUUCUCGUCAGCAAGCAGAAAAGAGGUUUUACCAGCUGGAGCGAAGAUUAAACAAGGAUCCACAGUUGAAGAAGCUUUAUUCGGACUUCAUUAACGAAUAUCUUGCGUUGGGUCAUUGUCGAGUGCUGGAUUAUCCUAUGUGCAAUGAUGAAACCGGCUACUACAUGCCCCAUCAUUGUGUGCUUCGUCCGGAAAGCUCAACAACACGAUUGAGAGUUGUGUUUGACGCGUCAGCGAAGAGUGCCUCAGGGCAUUCGCUUAAUGACUUGUUGAUGGUAGGACCUCCAGUACAGGACAACUUGUUCGACAUCGUACUACGUUUUCGUCUAUACACCUACGCAUUUACGGCGGAUGUGUCGAAAAUGUACCGGAUGGUAGAUAUGCAUCCGAGCGAUACCAAAUAUCAAAGGAUUUUGUGGCGUGAAGAUUCGUCUAAGCCGUUGAAGGAACUUGAAUUAUCGACGGUAACCUACGGCACAGCAGCCGCUCCGUUCUUGGCAACACGUUGUCUAAACCAGCUCGCCGAAGAUGAGAAGGAAUGUUUCCCGGAAGCCAGCUACGUUGUGAAGAAGGGCGUAUAUGUUGAUGAUGUGCUAUCUGGAGCAGCGACACUGGAAAAAGCAAAACAGUUACAGAACGAUUUGAUUGCGAUGCUUUGUCGUGGUGGUUUUCAGUUACAUAAGUGGUGUGCAAAUGACCCUGGUUUGUUAGAGAAUAUUCCUGUGGAAAAACAAGAAAAAGUUCUUGACUUUCGGAAUCAUGACGUGAACGAAACAAUAAAAACACUUGGCCUACUAUGGAAUCCUAUUGAAGAUUGUUUUACGUUCCGAGUGAAUCAUGUGGAAGACAGUGGUAAUAAAGUUACGAAGAGACAAGUAAUGUCAGAAAUUGCUCGCCUUUUCGAUCCGCUGGGACUGCUCGCCCCCGUUAUUGUGAUUGCAAAAAUGGUUAUGCAAGAUUUGUGGCGAAGCGGUUUGGACUGGGAUGACGGAUUGUCACAAGAGCAAUUGGAUGUGUGGAAUAAAGUGAAAAAUGAACUUCCUGACGUUGGUAAAAUGAAGAUUCCGAGACUUGUAACCGUCAGUGGAAUUUUCCGGCUUCUCUGA